UCUCUCCUCUCUCUUUCUCUCUCUAGAGGUUUCUUCCUCACCCGGGCAUGUCUUGCCCCGACUGCCUCCACUUCAAAUCAGGACCGUCCGUUCCCUCAGCCACCUUCUUCUCUUCUUGAAUCCAAUCUUCACCGUCGGUUUCGCUUCUUCGCCGGAAAAAAAGAAAUGAAGAAAGGAGGAGCGGUGGCAGAGAAAGUGCACGUCUUGGAGAUCAACCUGAUCUCCGGCCAGGGAUUGCAGGUCCCGUCGGGGACGCUGCGGCGGAUGAAGACCUACGCCGUCGCCUGGGUCGACUCCAGCCACAAGAUCCGGACCCGGGUCGACAAAGUCGGAGCCGAGAACCCGACUUGGAACGAUCGGUUUCUUUUCAAGGUCUCCUCCGAAUUCCUCGCCAGAGAAACCUCCGGGAUCACCGUCGAGAUCUACGCCGUCAGUUCCUUCAAGGACCGCCUCGUCGGCACCGUCCGGUUGAUCCUCAGCAACUUUCUCGACCUAGAUUCCAAGAUGCCGUCGUUCACGGCGCUCCAGGUGCGGCGGCCGUCAGGGAGGUUCCACGGCGUUCUCAACGUCGCGGCGCUGGUGAAUCACGAGUCGGAGUGGUCCAAGGAGCUCGAUGAUGUCUUGGCGAUCGGGUACCAGGAUUUGAUGGGCAAGGGCGAGAGCUUCCGGCGCCGGCGCCGGCGAGACAGCCUGGCUAGGUCGGCGGAGAACUUCUCCGGCAGCGAGUCGAGGGAAACGUCCUCGUGCAACGAGUCGGUGGAGAAUUCGGACAGCGGCGAGUCUACACCGGCGUCUCCGGCGUACAAGUCGCCUUCGAAGCUGACGUCUCCGGCGGCGGUAAAGAGGGCGCUGAAGGAGAUGAACGGCGUGAGGGAUCUAGCGGCGGGAACCAAGGCGUUCAGGACAGCUGUCCCAUCGGACGGCGCGCGCUUCUUGUGCUGCUUGCUCACCACACGGAGGAAGGUUCAGUCAUCGUCGGAUGAGAACGCAGAGAGGUGAAAAAGAUUCACGCAGGCACUGGAGAGAAAUCUGCAGCUCCAAAUUGUGUAUCCCAUAUUUUUAAUUUUCUUUUUUGAAUUUUUUUCCCCUCAAUGCUGCUACCAUUAAUCAGAUUAGUAUUUUAGCUAGCUUCUUUUUACCUAGCCAUGUAUUGAUAAAAAUACUAGUUGGGUAAAUAUCAGAAAAAUGCAAAUGUGCAUGAUUGCCUGGAACUGCUUUACCAGGAGCUUGAACAUGCUUUGAUGUCUAUAUGAGAAGGAUAAUUCU